AUGAAAUUAAUUAAGUUAGGGUAUUUUUAUUUAGACAGGCAAAUAGUAAUUGUAAUAAAAGUCCCAAUUAUUGUAUCCUACACCUAUGACCUUUAUAAAUUAGCCGUUGUCCCAAAUAAGAACCAUAAAGUCCUUAUUCCCACCUCUCCAUAUUUGGCAAUAUCUGGAAAAGACUCUAGGUACAUAGAGACAGAAUGUCCGAAGUUAAAUUCAUGGUUUCUCUGCAACUCAAAACCAGAUUAUAAGAAAGAUAAAUACGAUUGUAUCCAGCAGCUGAUCACUCAACAGGAGCUCAACCAGUCCUGUCCCUUAACUUCAGUCGUCCUACAAAAUGAAGCAUUAGAGCAACUUGAUGAUAAGCAUUAUACAAUGAGCUUUCCAACUUUAACGAAAGUUAAAUUAUUCUGUGGACAAGAACAAUAUAGGACACUACAAGGCAGCUAUGUAGCAGUCAUUCCACUUAACUGUUACCUCAAGGCACCAGGAUUUACCAUUACUAAUAUGAAUAAUCGUAUAAAAGGUCACAUUGUCAAGAUAUUGGAAAUACCGCAAUAUAUCGAAUACAAGAAUAUUGAACAGCCAACAUUAAACCUGGCCUCUACAGACCUCAACAGCUUUCAUAGUCUUAACACGAAGAUGUCUAUGCAGCCUCCAGUACAUCUUAAUCAAGACAAGGAUAUAAGUCUAUAUCAUACUACUAUACCUUUAUAUGUAGCAUUGAUAGUAAUGAUUAUUUUAAUUGGCAUCGUGACAUAUAGACGAAUGGGAAUUAAACCUGAAACAAAAGGACAUCCUGAAAAAGAACAAGUUCCUGAAAACCCCAGUCAAGUAAAAGUGAAUCCCGGACAUAUUUCAUCAGCAACUCAACUCAGGGGGGAGGUGUUACGUAGCCCUAUACCAUAG